AUGGACUGGGAUCCUUUCGCGGAUCCGGGCGAUGAUUCGAGCCAGGCUCCCGUUUCGCCUCCGAAGCCAAAGCCCGUGGUUGAGCAGAGCAAGGCGAAGAAAGGAGCGGACGACAUCUUCGCGGCCUUGCGAUUUUUGGAAGAAGGGGCUCAGCAGCCCCCUCCGACGGAUUUCGACGAGUUCAAGGCCAAGCUGGACGUGCUUUUCAGUACACCAGAUGGGGAGGUCGACUCGUUGAAGAGUGCCUAUGCAGAGGUGGCACGGCUGUCGGCAGGAGAUGGUUCUCGCACAAUCUCCACCUGGCAGAGGGCAUUGGGCAUGCUGGAGGCCAAGGAGUGCAGGAACUUACUUGGGUUUCUGAUUGAUGAUGCUGUGGGUCUCACUGCCGACCCUUCCAAAACCGGAAUGAGUGCCAUACACCUGGAUGUUCCAGAAGAAGACAGCGGAGACGUGGUCUUCCUACUCUCGUGGGGAGGUGGUUCGUUGCAAGACAUGGAAGAUGUUGCGAAAAUGUAUCGUGAACUGCUUCCUGGAUGUACGAUCUUCAUCUCAACCAGCAAUCGCAAGCAAAGCUUCGGUCUGCGAUGCCAGUGUGCGUUCGGAAUCAAGUCAGCUGCAGAGGCGUGGUCAAGAAGCAAAAGUCAGCCUAAACUCCUGGUGCACAUGUUCAGCAAUUCCGGCAUGCAUGCAUGGACGGAAAUUCUACAGGCGUGGGGCGCAAUCCGGAGCUCCGAGGAGCACUUGGGGGUGUUGGACGACCUGCCGCCUCUCGAAGAUGUGCUACGUGGCAUUGUGAUGGACUCCGCUUGCGACAGUGCUGUUCCCCUUGACUCUUGCAUACAAAGCUUCGUCCAAUCUAUGGCCGGCACCGUGGCAUUUGCUGCGUCUUCGGAUCACGAUGGCUCGGAGGAUGGCAAGCGUGCGGCGGAGGUGGCAGGCAAGCGAGCUGUGGCCUCCCUGAUCGGCUCAGCUUCAGUAGCCAAGUCCCACCUCUACGCCAAGCCACCCAAGACACUCACAAAGAUGGCCGAUGCAGACACCGCGAUUGUGCAUCGGCUGGAACCUCCCGUUCCCAUGCAGUUCAUCUACUCCAAGGAUGACAACAUAAUCGUUCCCCAGGGCGUGGAGAGAUACCUACAAGAAGUAAAAGAUCGGCCCAGCCGCAAGGGGCUCUCUCAACCCAGAGUCUGGUGCCUUGAGAAAUCCAGGCACUGCUUUCACAAGCUCACCGACCCUGUGGAGUACAGGAAUUGCAUCGCCCUCUUCGCUUCCAGUACUAUGUCGUGA